AUGAUCUUACUGUAUAAUCAACAACAAUUGUGUAACAAUUCAUGUCAAACAGAUAAACUUUUUUUUCUAAUAAUUACAUCAGACAGUCCUGCAUUGUGUUGUAAUCUUAAAUAUUGUGUUAUUAUGACACCAAGUCCACGUUCACAAGGCAAGAAAUCGAAUGAAUCAUUGAGAAAAUCGGAUACAUCUACCAUGAGUACAAAAUCAAAUAAUCCCAUAGUUAAUUUAACAGCCGCAUUCUUAGCUAAAAGACCACGUGCUCAUUCCCCAGUUUGUGGUAACUCAAAGGAUUGUGUCACUCCAUUAGUUAAAAAUACUUUACACGGUCGAACACUUGAUUUCCGAAUACGUCGUACACCUACCUACACAUACUGUUUUACGUAAUCAAAAUGUAAAUAUGAUUCGUUCUCCUGUAUCAACAAUUUAUAGUCAUUCAAAUGGAAAAUCAUCUAAAUCAAAUGAUAGAACUGUAAUAAUAACAACAAUCUUAACGGCAAAUAAAAAAAAAGAAAAAAGAGAAGCACAACAUUGAUUCAUCAUAUUCAUACAUAUUUUCAAUUGUAUUGUGCAUAUCAUCAAUUUUAUGUUUGAUAUCAAUCACUUUAAUAUUGUGUAAUUAUUGUAUUA